CCGGGGAAGGACUGACUAGCUGGCUUCCUCAAGAGGCACCCACGGAUGUCGGAGCGCACGACUCGCAUCUACGAGUCAAACAGAAUCACCGAGGACAAGGAUCCUCGCACCGUCGAGUUCUACAAGAAGUGGGCAGCUCUCCUCGACGAGCACAAGCCGGAGGCCGACCACGUGCACAACACGGACGAGACAGCUCUCCUCGACGAGCACAAGCCGGAGGCCGACCACGUGCACAACACGGACGAGACAGCGCAGAAGGUGGUUAAGUCGAUGCGGUCUAACUCGCGAGAGAACACCACCGUGGUCACCACCAUCAGCGCCAAUGGUGCCACGUGGGCGCCAACCAUUAUCUUCAAAGGACAGCGAGUCCAGCCUGACUGGUUCGCCGAGAGGAACGGCCCGAAGGAUGCGAGGUACACGUGCACGGACUCUUCGUUCGUGCAGGGCGACGUGUUCAUCAAGUACCUCAAGGACUUCCACAAGCAGCUUGACGGCCGAGGCGUGCUCGAGGGAAAGCCGCACGUGCUCGUGCAUGAUGGGCAUGCCUCACACGUGAGCUACGAGGUCAUCAAAUUGGCCAUGGAACUCAACAUCAUCCUCUUCCAGCUGCCCUCCCACACGUCGCACAUAACCCAGCCGUUGGACGUCGUCGCUUUUGUUUGCGGCCUACGCCACUUAUUUAUCGGGUGAGACUGUUUUGACGGAUAUCCCUGUCUCUGUGCGAGUUUGUUUAUAUCCUCGUCUGUCUUUGGUUUAUUUUGUUUUUGUUUUGUUUUUGUACUGGCACGUACUGUUGAUCCUUGGGGUCCUUCCGGAAGGCUACCCCCCAGGCUGGUGGUGCGCACGUUCCACUAUUUAUUUAUUUAUUUGUUUCUGAUUCUUUUGUUUUCUUGUAUUUUAUC